GCGACGACUGCUGAGAAUUCGUUGCGAUCUUCAUGGCAGAUUCGAAAUUCCUCCAAGAUGUCUGGACGACUGGCGAACAAGAUUGCGGUGGUGACGGGCGCCGGCGGGGGCAUUGGCCGGAAGAGCGCGCUGCUCUUCGCCCUCGAAGGCGCCAAGGGCGUUGUGUGCGCAGACCUGAACCUCGACGCGGCCAAGGAAACGGCGAGACUCGUCGCGGAACUCGUGGGCAACAAGAAAGUGGCGGUCGCGAUCGGCGCCGACGUGUCCAAGAGUGACCAGUCCAAAGCAAUGAUUGACCUGGCAGAGAAGACCUUUGGGGGACUCCAUGUGUUGUUCAACAACGCCGGGCUCAUGCACAGCAACGAUGACGAUGCGGUGUCAACGUCAGAACAAGUGUGGGAUCUCACCAUGGCGGUCAACGUGAAGGGAGUGUUCUUCGGAUGCAAGCAUGCGAUUCCGGCCCUUCGCCGCUCCGGUGGGGGGUCGAUCGUGAACACGGCCUCUUUCGUCGGGGUUCUUGGCGCCGCGACGCCGCAACUGGCGUACACCGCGAGCAAGGGUGCCGUGAUCUCCCUCACCCGCGAGCUGGCGGUCAUCCACGCGCGAGAAAACAUCCGCGUGAACGCGCUCUGCCCAGGCCCCCUCAACACGGAGCUACUGCAGAAGUUCCUGGACACGGAAGAGAAGAAGCAGCGCCGUCUCGUGCAUGUCCCCAUGGGAAGGUUCGGGGAAGCGGCAGAGAUGGCCAAGGCGGCGCUAUUCCUCGCGAGCGAUGAUGCGUCGUACAUCACUGGCACCAAGUUCCUCGUUGACGGCGGCAUCACCGCGGCCUACGUCACCCCCGAGCAAAAGGUCGACCCGUUCGGAGGCCCGGCUGACCUUUAAACACGCUGGAAUUGCACCAAAAGAAUGCAAUAUUUGGAUUCCUCAUUGCCGUAGUAGUAUUAAUAAUACUAUCCCCUGAAAUUGGCA